AUGACCAAUCUGCUGGAAUCAGCUCAUACACAUCUGCAAAGAGCCGUGCAGCAUCUCGAGCUUUCAAAAUUGCAAUACGAAAGCGCUAAAGCCACAUACCAAAGCGCAAAGGCUGUUUAUGAAGCCGUUGAAACCUCGCAUCUCAAUUCGGAAAGCACGUCGCCAGCUACCUUCCUCUGCGAUUCUUGUGCCGCUAUCUCAAUUUCAAACAUCUUCGACACGGCUUCGACAAGAAAGGCGUAUCGACGCAAAGUAGGGGAUCUCUUUCAAGCCGUAGAGGGAUUGUCCUCAUGCGUGCUCUGCAAAUUCCUGAUAGAGGCUUUUCAACUGGGAGAUCCUGAACACUCGGAACGGCUUCACGCUCAUCUAAAGCCAAGAGUUACUGCUAUUUAUUUCACGUCGGACCCUGAUGGCAGACCAUGGUCUAGGAAGGCAGGUGUUGACACAAACCUGUCCCCCUGCCCUUUCGUCUGGCUCCAGACCGGUCCACCGACAGGGACGGGCGAGCCACACAUAUGCAUCAGCUUUGAACCAAGAUCCGGCGCUGAUGCGAAACCGUGA